AUGUUGCUAGCGACAGCGGCGGUUGUUGUGGCGGAGACGUGCACUCUUCCCUCAACGUACCGCUGGACAGCAACCCCCAACAGCGCGCUGGCUACCCCGAAGAAUGGGUUGGUUGCGCUCAAGGACUUCACGCAUGUUCCCUACAAAGGCCAGCAUCUCGUAUAUGCGUCGGACCACAACUCGGCGAGCUAUGGCUCGAUGAACUUCGGUCUCUUCACAAACUGGUCAGACAUGGCUUCAGCGAGCCAGAGCUCGAUGAGUUCAGCCGCCGUUGCUCCUACACUCUUCCUCUUUGCCCCCAAGAACAUCUGGGUGCUUGCCUAUCAAUGGGGCUCGACUGCCUUCUCCUACCGGACGUCCAGCGAUCCCACCAACGCGAAUGGCUGGUCGUCACCGCAGGCGCUCUACUCCGGAACCAUCUCAUCCAGCACUGGUUGCAUCGACCAGACUGUCAUUGGCGACAGCACAACCAUGUACCUGUUCUUCGCCGGUGACAACGGCAAGAUCUACGGGGCCAGCAUGCCAAUUGGCAACUUCCCUGGCAACUUCGGCUCAGCAGCCACGGUGGUCCUGAGCGAUUCAACGAACGCCCUCUUCGAAGCCGUUCAGGUCUACACCGUCGAGGGCCAGAACCAAUACCUCAUGAUCGUCGAGGCGAUUGGCAGCGGCGGGCGGUACUUUCGCUCCUUCACGGCCACCAGUCUGGGCGGUACGUGGACGCAGCAGUCCAAAAGUGAGAGCGUGCCUUUCGCCGGCAAGGCCAACAGCGGCGCUACCUGGACCAACGACAUCAGUCAUGGCGAUCUGAUUCGCAGCAACCCCGACCAAACAAUGACCAUUGAUCCGUGCAACCUGCAGUUCCUCUUCCAGGGACUAGCCCCUGGUGGCAGCUCCAGCUACGACCUACAGCCUUACCGACCUGGGCUGCUGACACUGCAGCGAUAG